UGUAAUAAAGACGUAAAGUUUGGAAGCUCCGUGUCGGGUCGAGUCAUUACAGUUAAAGUAUAAUGUAGCCAGUGAGCAAAACCAUACAGUUAGCAGGCCGCUAUCCAUCUAUCGUUAGCACUGACAAAAGCACAACAGGAUAAAGCUUCAACCUACUACUGCCGUGCAACCAUGAGGACAUUAGCAAUGCAUAACCAAGCCAGGCAGCUUCUGCACAACAAGUUUGUGGUGGUUCUUGGUGGCUCAGUGCAGCGCUCCAUGUACAAAGACCUGGUUCUGCUGCUUCAGACGGAUCAGUGCUUGACUCUGUCUCAGCUCAAGUCCAAAGGGGAGUUUUCCUUUAAACAGGACGUCCUGGUGGAGGGAGGUCGAUUGGGACCCAUGACGAACGGCACAGAGUACAGAGAGGUCCGACAGUACCGCUCCGACCACCACUUGGUGCGUUUCUACUUCUUGACCCGGAUCUACUCGCCGUACAUGGAGAGCAUCCUGGAGGACUUCAGGCAAGGACUCAAACCAGACAUCCUCGUCGUCAGCUCCUGCGUAUGGGACAUUACCAGGUACGGCCCAGAGUGUCUUAGACAGUACAAAGAGAACCUUCACAAGUUCUUUGGCCAGAUGAAGAAAAUAGUUUACUGCGACUGCCUUAUCCUGUGGGCUCUGGCUCUACCGCUAAGCAAGAGGAUCAACGGAGGCUUCUUGGUGCCUGAAGUGAGUCACUUGGCUCCCACGCUGUGCUAUGACAUCAUCGCGGCCAACUUCUACAGCUGUCGGCUUGCGGAGGCCUACGGCUUUGACGUCCUUGACCUGCACUUCCACUUCCGCUCCAGCCUGCAGCACCGAAUGCCAGACGGCGUCCACUGGGACGGGCUGGCCCAUCGACGCAUCAGCGGCCUGCUGCUGCAGCACGCUGCCAACGCCUGGGGAGUCGACCUCCAUGACCCUCCCUCUCCAGCAGGAGUACCUCUCCAGAGAUGUAGCAUGUUCCGGCACCAAGAGAAGAAAGGAUCAGACCGGUUUCAUCUGGUUCCACCAAACUCUGCUAUAGAUCCACCCAUGCAUUUCCCAUCAGAGCCCCGCCUCCCCGGGCAGCAGGAUGCAGAUGCUGCUGGAGCCAAUGUCUUUCACCCUCUCCUCCCUUUGCGGCCUCGUCCUCCUCCAGGUCCACGUUUUGCUGGAAGAUUCGCUGUUAAUCGGUGGUCAAGGCAGCAGGUCUACGUUGGGGUCAGAAAACCCCGCUCACAGAUGGACUUCAGCGCAGGUGACGGGUUCAGCUUCUACCCUCAUUUCGAAGCAAAUGUGAGGAGGGGGAGGGGGAAGUGGAGAAGGACUAACUUCAGGACUCGACCGUACCCCCCUCACCCUCCUGUGUCCGGCCGGUGGGUUGCAGACCAACGGACCCACUACAGCGGGCAGGACUCCGCAUGGUGGUGAUGAGCAGCGAUGGGUCCCUGCUGCUGAGGACACAGUGAGAUAAAGGGGGUCGGGGGGGCGGCUCUGAUGUCUGGAUGUUGAACAUAUCACUGAUUGAUGCUGGUCAGAAGCACAGUGACACGUGCGAUACCAGCAUUUAUCCACUAGUUUGCGGUUUCUAAUCCAAUCCGGACUGGACUGGAGGUGACAGUUAUCUCAUGCAUGAUAAUAAAAUAGUUGCCUUGGUACAAAUGCUCUUAUCUGUACUCCAGCUCUGCUCAUCUGGUGGCCUAAUCUCUAGUCUCCACAUGAGCAUGGAGUUCAUUCUAAAGUUAGCAUUCAACCCAGAAUGCAGUUCAGCUGAUGAGGUUGCAAUUUAGCCAUUUUUUUUAUGAAACUGAAUUGUUUCAAAAUGGUUGAAAAGAUGAUUCUUAAUUUUUGUACAAACCACAUUUGAAUGACAUUUGAGCAGGAACAAUGUCAGUGGUAAUGGCUAUAAGAUAUUUCUGUAAUUCUUCAUACCUAAAUGGUUAUAAAUCAUAGUUCCCAGUGCACACAUUAUUCUGUUCCUCGAAGCCCAUUUAUUCCAUUGCAUAGCCUAAUUGUAUAUUUGACUUUUAAACUCAACCAAUGGUUAAAUAAAAGGUUGUUUACUGUACUGGAUUUUGCCCCCUUUAUUUCAAAACAAGCCACUAU